AUGUCGAUGAAUUCAGAGCACAGCGGAGCCUUCGAGAGCGCAGCGGACAGCAAAACGCACAUAUUACGUUACUUACCCAACUUCGUCGUGGCAUUCAAUUCGGUGUCGGUGGUAAUGAAUUCUAGCGCCGCCCUCCUGGGCGUUUUUCAUUACGACGAAGCUUCCAACGCGACUCGGCCGUACGUCGUGACAAUGCAUCUUCCAUUCGAUAAUAAUAAACAAUCCGUACACGCAACAGUCGUAUUACUGCAAUUUUCUUAUCUGUUGAUCCUUUCCGCUGGGGCUGCCACCAUUAAUUCGGUUCUCAUUAUUUUGGUGCUGUAUUUAGGCGGUCAGAUCGACAUUAUUUGCCGAACCUUGACGCAGAUGCCGCAGAGACAGAACGAUCGCGUGGUGAACGCAACGAUAAUGAAGGAAAUAAUUAAGAAACACCAGAGGAUCGUUACCUUUUCGGAAAACAUCGAGUCACUGUAUACAUAUAUCGCGCUGAUAUUACUCCUACUCAAUACCUUAAUCACCUGCGGCUUGGGUUUCAUACUCGUCUCGUCUGCUGGGUCACCUAAUUUUUCUAAGAUGCUAAUAAAAAAUCUCAUGUUCUACUGCGUAAUUAAUAUUGAGACAUUUGUAUUUUGCUUCGCCGGGGAAUACCUUAGUGCCAAGAGCAGAGAAAUCGGCGAGGCUGCGUACGGUUCGCCCUGGUACCAAUCGAAGUUUCAUGGCCGAGCCGUUCUGUUCAUGAUAAUGAGGUCGCAGAAUCAGUUGACGAUCACAAUGGGAAAGUUCAUGGAUCUGUCGUUGGAACGAUUCUCCACUAUUGUGAAAGCUUCAGCGUCCUACAUGUCGGUUUUGCUGGCGAUGUAUUGA